GCAGAAUGAAUCCUUUUCUUGCAUAUUGCUUGGUUUGAAACUUCACCUUAGAGGAUGUCCUCCGGAGAACCGGCAACGAAAAAACCGAAAACCGAAGCCCUGCCCGAACAUCUCAGCGGCAUACCAGAGGAGACGAAAAAAGUCCUUAUCGACAUAGAUGCUGUACAAAACGAGAUUGACAAGUUGAACGAGAAGGCUUCGGAAGAGAUUCUGAAGGUAGAGCAGAAGUACAAUCAGCUUCGUCGGCCUCAGUACGAGAAGCGAUGUGAGAUGAUAAAAAAGAUCCCAAACUUCUGGUGUACUGCGUUUCUCAAUCACCCACAAUUGUCUUCAAUUAUUGAUGAAAGUGAAGAACAAGCUCUGGCGCAUCUCAGUAAUAUUGAGGUCGACGAGUUUGAUGAUAUCAAAAGCGGCUUCCGCUUGCGUUUUUAUUUCUCUCCCAAUGAAUUCUUUGAGAACGAAAAAAUAGAAAAAGAGUACAACCUCGGAGAUACACCCUCAACCACCGGCACUACGAUACGAUGGAAAGAGGGCAAGAAUCUGGGCAAAAAAGGAGAUUCUUCAUCACCGCUCUCCUUCUUUGAAUGGCUUUCGGAAAAUGUGGACCCUGCUCACGAUGACAUUGCUGAGGUUAUCAAAGAUGAUAUGUGGCCAAACCCAUUGCAAUACUACCUCCUACCAGAAAUGGAAGAAACGGGCGAUGAUUUUGAAGAACUUAUUGAUGACGAGGAAGGCCUAGAGGAGGUAGACGAUGAGGGAGGUUCAGAUGGCGAGGAAAAUGACGCCUGAAAAAUGUCUAUUAUCUUAUCUUUGGUACGCCACCGAAUUUAUCUCUUUCGUCACUCUGUGGUUGUUUUGUUGACUUCAUAAUGCUAUUGGCGGAUAUCCGGUCUUGUUAUUAUCAUGUUAUAUCCGGAAUCCGCCUAUCCAAGCGUAGGUCUAUGUGUAUGUGUGUUUAACACGAGUAUUUCGUCAUUAUUAGCGGAUAAAAUCUGUACAUGGGAUUCUGAUACUCAAGGGUUGGCUAUGUAACCCCAUCAAAAUGAUUUUUAUGCCUAUGUCUCCACUGUUUGAUCCGCAAGAUUUAUGUCUACUUUAAUUCAAAUGAAUGUUUUUGUUUUUUGUGAACCUCUUAGAUUUCGG